AUGAGCAACAUCUCCUCCGCCGCGGCCUGCUGGCCAACCGCCGACGAGAGCUUCGGGCCUGUCGUCCAGGACUGCAGGGGGGACUUUGACUUCACCAUCGCCUUCGAGCAGUACCUCUUCUCCAUCCUCCCCGCGUGCCUCCUUAUCAUCGCAGCCCCUCUCCGCCUGAGACAUCUCAGCAAGUCGCCCUCCGUGGUGGUGGCGGGCAAUACCUUCAGGCUCAUCAAGCUCGCCGCCGUCGCCGUCUUCUCCGCCCUGCAGCUCUCGCUCCUGGCCCUGUGGGCCGCCCAGCCCGGCGCCCUCGGCCGCCUGAUCACGCUCGCCGAGAACCUCAAGAUCCUCAUCCAAUUCUGGACGUCCCUCGAGACUUCCAUCGGCGCCGUGGCGAGGAUCAAGAACUUCAGCGAGGAGACGCCCGACGAGCGGCUGCCGGGCGAGGACCAGGAGCCGCCGCGGGACUGGCCCGCCAGGGGAGGCAUCGAGAUCAGGGACCUCUCGGCGGGCUACGGCGAGGACCUCGGGCUCAGGGCCCUCGACGGCGUGGCGCUGAGUAUCCGGCCCGGCGAGAAGGUCGGCGUCUGCGGGCGCACGGGCAGCGGCAAGUCGAGCCUCCUGCUGUCGCUUCUGCGCCUGCUCCCCAGCACGCGCGGCUCGGUCGUCGUCGGCGGGGUGGACCUCGCCACCCUCCCGCGCGACACGGUCCGCUCGCGGCUAAUUGCAGUGUCGCAGGACCUGUUCUUCCUCCCCGGCACCACGCGGCAGAGCCUGGACCCAUGUGGGAGCGGCGGCGAUUCCACCACCAGCGGCGCGGAUGACGCCCGCCUCGAGGCGGUGCUGCGGCGCGUGGGGCUCUGGGAGGCCGUCGCGGAUGCGGGCGGGCUGGGCGCCGAGUUCGACGAGGCCAGGCUCAGCCACGGGCAGCGGCAGCUGUUCUCGCUCGCGCGGGCGCUCCUGCGGCGAAGGGGCGACGGGGGAGUUGUCCUCCUGGACGAGGCGACGAGCAGCGUCGACGCCGGGACGGACGCGCUGGCGCAGAGGGUCGUGCGGGAGGAUUUUGCAUCGCACACGGUCGUGUCGGUGGCGCACCGGCUCGAGACGAUUGUGGACUUUGACCGGGUUGUGGUACUGGAGAAGGGGUGCGUCGCUGAGGAGGGCUGCCCGCGGGAGCUGCUUGCCCGUCCUGGGAGCCGGUUCAAGGAGCUGUGGGAUGCGAGUCGCCGAGCUGGACGGGUGGAAUGA